GCGGCGAGAGGGCGGCGACGGCUCGGUCGGCAGCGAGCAUCGGAGACGCCGGCGAGCCGGGGGGUCCCCGCGGAAGGGGGCGCGCGGGGGCUCGCUCGCCCGGCCGCCGCGAGGUAGUGGCGAGGCGAAGCGUGCGCCCGCUCGGCGGCGGCCGUUGGCGGGCGACUGGCCCGCGAGCGCACUUUCGCUCUCCAGCCGGCUAUCUCCUCGAGUGAAGUUGCUGACACACAGGAAACCCUCCGACCGCUGAGAGCCUGCUGCCCGCGGCUCCCCCGCCGCCAGUCACAGGCUGAGGUCUCUAAGGCCCCCUAGCACCAAGCCAGGUGUUUGCAAACUGCGCACAGCCGGCAGUCCGGGCUGGGAACGCCCAGGCGUUGCGCGGCGCCUCGCUUCGCCCAGCGCAAAGAAAAGUGAAGAACGAAGUUGCACUUCUAAGCCUCAAGUAAAAGAAAUCAAGAAAUUUGGAAGAGGUUUCAGGACUAGCUCUCUUUCAGCGUACAAAUACCUUCAAAGAGGCAAGCUCAGGACCUCGCCCCUGCUAUUGAAGAGAAGAAGCUGCAGAAGCCAGGAAAAGGCCACAUCCUCCAGCACAGGAAUUAUGAAAAUGCUGGACGUGUGAGGACAAACAAGACUGGGCCUGCUCUUGAAGCUUGAAAGAUAAAUCGAAAAGAUAGAAAAGCCAAAUUCACUUUGGCAGAUAGACAAGGGGAUUAGCGAAAAUGCUCUUCGAGGAAUGGAUAAGCUAAUGGAUUUGUUAACAACUGUGCAAAUUCUGACAAUUACAAGUCUUUCCUUAUGGUUUGGAGAGGAGCUCUGCCAAGAGUUGUGUUUCGUAUGAGUAAGGUUUACGAAGGGAAUGAGUGGUCAGAUGCUACCUGACAUUUAAUUCCGUAUACAGGAAUUAAUACUUUACCUUGUACACCAGUCUUUCUCAGAGUGGGCUCCAUAGCCCCUCAGUGGUUUUCACUGUGUGAUUAAAGUGAUCCAGAGACAGCUGGGUUUUUUUGGAAAGUGAAGUAAUGAACAAUUUCAUUCACAUACAUAAUCUGGAAUGUAAAGCAAUUUUCUAAAAAUAUGGUUAUUAUAAUUUCUACAUUCUUAGGAUGGAUGCAUGCGUUAUAAGGAUUUAACAUAAAAUCUCCUGCAAGGACCAGGCAGGUCAUGUGUAUAACUGCGGCUGGUAGUUGGCAAUGAGUUUCUCAGUGUCAGGGAGAAAUAGGGAGGAGGGGACUGUGAAGACCAGCAGAGCAGAUUCUCCCUAAAGAGGCAAGAUGCAAAGCAGCCCAACUGAUUGUUGACAAAACAUUAUCACAUCGUGUACUGUAAUACUGAAAAUAGACAAAUUAUAAUAUUUGUGUUUAACUUUAUUUAUGUACUGUAGGUAUGUCUUUUUGUAAAGACUGGCCAUAAAUCUGCUCUCUAGGCAGCCUUUUUAAGCAUGUGCAGCAUGUGUGUGUAUUAACAAGUGAUUCAAAUUUAAAACACAUGUGGUUACCUAUUGUACAGGCAAAAGAGCCUCUAUUUGUGUUCCAGGUGUGACCCAUGGCAACAAUGCAUCAAUUGCAUUGGCUCCUUCUUCUUUACUACUUGGCUUUUGGAGAAGAGAAGCGGGGGUCACUAGCUAAACCAUUGUCAUAUCUUUUGCCUAUUAUUAUUUACUAUGUUAAGUCUUUUAUUGCUUGUAUAUUUGUUAGACAUACAAUAUAUAUAAUAAAUCUAAUACUGUUGUGUUUAUUAUAUACUCUAAUAUAUGUCACAUUUGCAAAAUCAAUAGUUCAAAAGUGGUCCAUUGAAAAAGAAACAAGUAAAUACAAAUAUUUUAAAGCAAAGAUGGCGUGUAAAUCUGUUUGUGGUGAGAGAAACAAGUUAAUCAAAGCUACGUGAUAAGAAAGUCAGCAGUAUUUCUACCACAUGACUUCCUAAUAUUAUGUCAUCAUCAGCCAAGAUUUCUUUAAGAGUGCCCAAACUAUGAUAAGCAUCACAUUGUAUUAAAGUUGAAGCACUGAAAUUUUUGCCAUCAAAAUUACUGUACUGAAUUUAUUAUUAACAAUUUUGAAGGGAAUUCAUUUUUAUUAUGUGAUAAUCUUUAUCUUCAUAUAUCUUCAUAUUAGGAAAAUUGGUGAAGUUAACAUGAACUGAAUUUUAAAAAUAUGUCUAUUCAUUUGUUCCUGAUUAUAAUGAUAUGAUAGCUAUUAAUUAAACAACAAAAA